CGGGGCGACAGGGUUGUGGCAGAGUGACCGUGACGGACUGGCAGGGGAAAGGGACGGGUCAGUGCAACAACUAUGUAGGCGAACAUCUCUGCCACACUCCACGGACAUCAGGGCAAGAGGAGAUGAUGACCUUGGCCAGAACCGCCCUGGGCUUAGCGCUCCUCUGCACCCUGUUCGUCGUCACUUCGUCCAGAGACCUCGAUGGCGGGUGGAGCCCUUGGUCGUCGAUGGCCACCCCCUGCAGUAAGAGCUGCGGAGGAGGCAUCAACCACCGAGUCCGCUCCUGCACCCACCCGGUCCCCUCAGGUGCAGGGGCGCUGUGCACCGCGGAGGACAACACGGAGAAGGAAGUCGAGUGGAAGACCUACGACUGCAACACGCAGAGCUGUUGGGCGAACGAAUGGACGGAAUUCGGAAACUGCAGCAAGAUAUGUGGCAGGGGAUACAGGUACCGCUACGCCACCUGUGGGAACGAGACCUGCGAAGGAGACCAGUUCAAGGAGGAUUCGGAGAAAUGCAACACCUGGAACAAGACUGCAUGUCCAAGUCCGUGCGAAGACAUAACGUGUCCGGAGUAUGGCGUGUGCAAGGAUAACUCCACCGAACUCGAUCCCAUUGCAUUCUGCAUUUGCACCAUGGGAUACCAGAUGAACUCCGACAAGACCUCCUGCAUCCGUCCUCCUCCAACGACCCCGACCCCGAGGCCCAUCCCCACUCUGCCGGCGGAACAGAAGGUGGUCGCAACGGUCAUCUCGAAGUCCGCCUCGACCAUCAUCAUCAUCUUCCUGACGAUCACGCUCAUUCUCUUCUUCCUGCUGAGGAUCUUCACGCCGGACAGGGUCAUACAGAUGAACAUGGAGAUUGCCCUCUUGCUAGCUCACGCCAUACUCAUGUUCCCCUACAUGGAGAAUGAGACGCUGUGUCGAGUGAUCUCCAUCCUCAUCCACUACUUCUUCACCGCCUGCUUCAUCUUCAUGAUGCUGGAGGCGCUGCACAUGUACUCCCUGGUCGCCUACGUGGUCAAGAAGGACGGCAUGUUCACCCGCCUGCAGAACACGCUCAUCGGAUGGGGUCUGGCGGCGUUCAUCAUCAUGUUCUGCAUGUGCUUCGAGUAUGACAACUACGGUGGGGAGUAUCACUGCUGGCUCCGGAUGGACACGCCCCUUCUCUACGGCCAGUUCAUCCCGGUCGUCGGCUUUGUCAUCAUGACCUUCACCCUGAUCGAAGCCGCAGGAGCCGCUGACUACAAGCCCUUGAAAGGAGUUGACAAGUCGCAGCUUCUCAGUGCCCGCAUCUCGCAACGAACGAACCUCAUCAUCCUGCCUCUGGUAUUCGCACACUGGAUGGUCGGCAUGAUGUCCGAAUACGAGCAGAACCUGCCUCUCUACGGAACCUUCUCUGUGCUCAACGGGGUCACCGGUGGAGUCGUCUUCUUCCUCCACUGCACCAACAACAGCCAGGUGCGAGCGAAACUAACGGGUAUAUACAAAUCUAUGUGCAAGGGCUCCUCACGCUAAAAGUGACGUCAAGGAGAACAUGACAUAAGGCUUAUCUUCGCCCCGGUUCUCGCCUCAAACCGCCCAGACUGACUCGGCGAAGUGGGCGGGCAUCAACAGACGAUGAAAGAGGAUUACAGAGUGGAUGAAUUACUUUAACACCUCCUUCAUUUCAGGAUUGGUUGUGAUGCACGAGAAAAAUAUAGUAUGGGAUUGAGAAUUCACAUGUAAAAUAUGAUUUGAGCAAAAAUAAGGAAAGUUAGCUAUUCUAAGCAUAAUUUAUUUUUAAAACGGUACAAUUCGGCUUUUCGUUGGUACCGAUCCCCUUGCCAGUCGUUUGGAGUCAUUAAUGGCUGGCUUAGUUUACAAGCAAAUGCGGCAGCCAUGGGGAUCUUUCCCUAAUUUCGCUUCAAUAUCUGACUUUCUGUUUUAGAAAUUUCUUUCUCUUCAGGAAUAUGGCGUGUAUAUAUAAACGAGUCUUUUAUCUGUGCCUGGAAAGUGAGCAACUCCCUUACUGGAUAAUUUCAAAGGAUUUUCAAUAUGAUUUCCAUCUGCUCUGCCUAUGACCCAGUCCCAAGAAAUUUCCAUUAGGGAGUUGAUUGAAGAACCGCUAAUUGAAUCAUCCAGAGCAUUUCCAAAAGAUGUUUUCAAAAAACGACUUUCCUUUUUCUAUCUGACUUUUCAAAACAAAUAUAAUCAAUUCCAUCUAUGAUAAACUGGCGUUCCACACAAUUUUGAUAAGUCAGUGCAUGGAGUAAAGUCGUUUUCUUUAAUAGAAGCGGUCAAAGAAAAUGUCAUAUUUUUGAGAGUAACUUACCUAAAUUUUAUCUAUAUACGCCACUAUCCUUUGAGAUGGUAUCCUCGACUUACGCCAUUAUAGGUGCUUGUGAUUUUAAUAAUAUUGUGUUUAUUGCUAACAGGCUAGCCUUUUUUCUUGAUUAAUAAACAAUGAAUAUUGGAAACACUAGAGAACCCUCUGCAUUAACACGUUUGACUUACGAAUGUUGCACAGUUAUAGAUUUCUUUAGAGUUUUAAAACAAUAUACCAAAAGUGCCUUAGUGUGUGCUAUGCUCAUAUUAUGUAUGAGAAAAGUUUACGUGCCUUGAAUUUCAUGAAAAACUUAUUAUCUGUUACUCGUGUUAUGGUCUUUUCCAAAGCAGAUAUUUACUUUAGGCUUUGCCUUAGAUAUAAAAAUGUUGAAAUGCAUGAUUGAUUUGAAAUCCUCAUAGAACCAGGAAAGUGAUAUUCUAAAUAGUUAAGAUAGACUGAAGCCAAGUUACUCGUAGCUAACCACCAAGACCUUUGCUACCCAAGUUAGUCUGAGAACUCCACCUGAAAGAGAAUAUCCUUUCCUGGAUCGGAGGAGGAGUAGGCCUUAACCAUCCUUGUAGAGUAGUAUGGAUUGUUUGCCACUGAUUGCUUGUCUCACUGUUGUUGCGCUGUUCAACCUCUCCACUUUUACCCCCUUUGAUUUAGUAGAUAUAGAAUAAAAUACGUAUUGUUUGGAAAUGUAACCUAUAUUCGUGUGUGUUGUUCAGAUUUUAUUUAUGGUAGAAAUGACUAUAUGUUUCUAUCGUUUCUUUGCAUUAGGUAUAUAUUGUGAUAUUAUAUUAUAAGGGACGACUGUUCAAUAUAUGCAUUUGGCUGGAUUACUGAUAACUAAACCAACGUAAAGAUCUGUUGGAAAUGCAAAUAUAUUUUGACUGUGUGUACCUGUCUGUGUGAUCAUAUAACCAAACAUGAAAAUAAAAGCAAAAUUGCAAGA